AUGCGGAAGGGAGACACCCUGGAGGUAGCACCACCCACCUCAGCCUACCGCUCUGUCAUGGAGGAGUAUGGUUACGAGGUGGGCAAGGUCAUUGGCAAUGGCUCCUAUGGGACGGUUUAUGAGGCUUACUACACAAAGCAGAAGAUCGUGGUGGCUGUCAAGAUCAUCUCAAAGAAGAAGGCCUCUGAGGACUACCUUAACAAGUUCCUGCCCCGUGAGAUACAGGUAAUGAAGGUCCUGCGGCACAAGUACCUCAUCAACUUCUAUCAGGCCAUCGAAACCACAUCCCGAGUAUACAUCAUUCUGGAGCUGGCUCAGGGUGGUGACGUCCUUGAAUGGAUCCAGCACUAUGGGGCUUGCUCUGAGCCCCAUGCUGGCAAGUGGUUCUCCCAGAUGACCCUGGGCAUCGCCUACCUGCACAGCAAGGGCAUCGUGCACCGCCUGACCCCCAGCCUUUCUGCUGCUGGUAGGGACUUAAAGUUGGAGAACCUGUUGCUGGACAAGUGGGAGAACGUGAAGAUAUCGGACUUUGGCUUCGCCAAGAUGGUGCCUUCUAACCAGACUGUGCGUGGUAGCUCUUCUUACCGCCAUAUGAACUGCUUUACCCACCUCAGCCGGACCUACUGUGGCAGCUUUGCUUAUGCCUGCCCGGAGAUCUUGCUGGGCUUGCCCUACAACCCUUUCCUGUCUGACACCUGGAGCAUGGGCGUCAUCCUCUACACUCUAGUGGUGGCCCGGCUGCCCUUUGAUGACACCAAUCUCUUAAAGCUGCUGAAAGAGACUCAAAAGGAGGUCACUUUUCCACCUAACUACUCCAUCUCCCAGGAGUGCAAGAACCUGGUCUUCCAGACGCUAUGCCAAGCCACCAAGCGUGCCACCAUCCUGGACAUCAUCAAGGAUCCUUGGGUGCUCAAGUUCCAGCCUGAGCAACCCACCCAUGAGAUCAGGCUGCUUGAGGCCAUGUGCCAACCCCCCAGCACCACUAAUCGGCACCAGUCCUUGGAAAUCAAUACCUAA